UAUCGCAGUAAACAUAUGAAAUUACCCCCCAUGAAAAUGUUUUCUAAGAUUGCAAAAUCUGCUUGGAAAAAAGAAUCACAAAUCGUUAAGAACGAAUACAUUAAGCUAACCAAGGAUGCCAAAACUUUGUAUGACGAGGGGAAGAAGUUUCAAGAAAGCGGGAGUGCCGUACAUGUCGAUCAUUAUGAAGUAACCAAAGUAACCAAAGUAACCGAAGUAACCGAGGAAGCACAAAAAGGGUGUUCCGAAAUGAAAGAUCCGAAUUUGGAAUGA